GUCUGCACAUGGCCGCGCGAAUGAUCUGAGCGGUGUGGGGCUGGGCGGAGGCAUCAGCUGCCUAUUUUGUUGUGGUUGUCGGGUCGGUGUGUUGGAAAGGGGGCGAGCGCAGCCGAGGCUGGGGUAGCUCCGGCCAGGACUGAGCGAACGAGCUGUGACUUCCCCCCCCUUGGCUCCAGCUUCGCUGAGGAUUUCUAGAGAUUGUUUUUUUAUUAUUAUUAUUUUAUUUUAAGCGAUAGAGAAAAUGUCUCGACCUCUCCCUUUGAACCCAACUUUCCUACCUCCGACUUACGGGGUGCUGAAAUCCCUGCUGGAAAACCCUCUCAAGCUGCCGCUAAAUCACGAAGACGCAUUUGGUAAAGAAAAAGACAAAGAAAAGAAGCUAGAUGAUGACAGCACCAGCGCAUCAGUCCCCCAGUCAGCUUUCUUGGGGCCAACGUUAUGGGACAAGACGCUGCCAUAUGAUGGAGACACUUUCCAGUUGGAAUACAUGGACCUGGAAGAAUUCCUCUCGGAAAAUGGAAUUCCGCCCAGCCCAGCCCAACAUGACCACAGUCCACACCAGCCAAAUCUCCAGCAAGCUACCUCAGCAGCACCCUCUGUCAUGGACCUCAGCAGCAGGGCAUCUACAUCAAUCCAUCCGGGCAUGGUGUCUCAAAAUUGCAUGCAGAGCCCAGUCAGACCAGGUCAGAUCUUGCCAACAAAUCGUAACACGCCAAGUCCCAUCGACCCUGAGACAAUCCAAGUUCCCGUGGGUUAUGAACCUGACCCCGCAGAUCUUGCGCUCUCCAGCAUUCCUGGCCAGGAGAUGUUUGACCCUCGUAAACGCAAGUUCUCUGAGGAAGAGCUCAAACCACAGCCGAUGAUUAAAAAAGCCCGUAAAGUCUUCAUUCCAGAAGAUCUGAAGCAGGAUGACAAAUACUGGGCAAGACGUAGAAAGAACAAUAUGGCUGCCAAGCGAUCGAGAGACGCCCGGAGGCUGAAGGAAAACCAGAUUGCCAUCCGCGCCUCUUUCCUGGAGAAAGAGAACUCAGCCCUCCGCCAAGAAGUGGCUGACUUACGGAAAGAGCUGGGCAAAUGCAAGAACGUGCUGGCGAAGUAUGAAGCUCGGCACGGGCCCCUGUAAAUGGCGAUUUUUAUUCCUUCUUUUUUGUUGUGGGUUGGCAUUUUAAUAGAUGGACAAUGUGUUUCCUGUUUGAUAGCACCACACCCAAACCAACCUGUCUGUCAUCAGCACUUUACCAGAAGCAGAAACAAAACUGACUUACUAUUAUUAUUUUUCAUUUGUGUAUGCGUGUGUGUGCACAUCUCAGCACUUCCCGUUUUUAUGAAACCCUCUUCA